AUGGAAAUUGAAUCUUCAGAUGUGAUCCGUUUAAUACUUCAAUUUUUAAGAGAAAAUAAUCUUCCAAACACUUUUGCUGCUUUGCAAGAAGAAUCAACCAUUGCACUUAAUACUGUGGAUUCUAUUGAUUCAUUUACCAAUGAGAUUAUACAAGGGCACUGGGAUGUUGUAUUAAAAACAGUUUCUAAUCUCAAAAUACCACAAAAAAAAUUAAUUGAUCUAUAUGAACAGAUUGUUUUGGAACUGAUAGAAAUACGUGAAUUGGGUGCUGCAAGAACUUUAUUAAGACAAACUGAUCCAAUGCAACUGUUAAGAGAUCAUCAAUCUGAGCGUUAUCUACAUCUUGAACAUUUAUUAUCCAGAACUUGGUUUGAUCCUAAAGAGGCAUAUCCGCCCGAUAUGACCAAAGAAAAAAGACCCUUAUCUAGCGAAGUGACAGUGGUUCCACCGGCAAGACUUUUAUCAUUACUUGGACAAGCUUUAAAAUGGCAACAUAAUCAAGGUCUAUUACCACCAGAUACUGCUUUUGAUUUAUUUACGGGUUCUGCACCAACUGCAAAAGCGGAAGAUGAUGCUAUACCAACUAAAUGUUACAACACAAUUAAAUUUCCUAAGAAGCAACAUGUUGAAGCAGCAGCAUUUUCGCCUGAUGGACAAUAUUUGGUGACCGGUAGUAUGGAUGGGUUUAUUGAAAUUUGGAAUUAUUUAACUGGCAAAUUAAGAAAAGAUUUCAAAUAUCAAGUGGAGGAUAAUCAAAUGAUUAUGGAAGAUCCUGUAUUAUGUCUUAAUUUUAGUAAAGAUUGUGAAAUGUUAGUUUCUGGUGCACAAGAUGGUACAAUUAAGGUUUGGAAAAUUUCUACAGGUCAAUGUACUAGAAGAUUUUCACCUGCUCAUAGUCAAGGUGUCACAUCGGCAUGUUUUAAUCGUGAUGGAAGCCAAACAUUGAAAGAAUUUCGUGGGCAUUCAUCAUUUGUUAACAGUGCACUGUUUUCUUAUGACAUGUCAAGAGUUAUAAGUGCUAGUAGUGAUGGUACAAUUUGGGAUAGUAAGUCAACGGAUUGUUUGCACACCAUUACACCAUAUGGUAGUAAAUCUGAACCCGGUGCAACUAUUUCAGGAGGUAAAACCGUGAAUUGCGUUGUUCAAAUGCCAAAAAAUAUGGAUCAAAUCCUAGUAUGUAAUAGAAGCACCACAGUAUAUUUAAUGAAUUUGAGAGGUCAGAUAAUAAAAUCGUUUACUUCUGAUAAGAAAUCUGGAGGAGAUUUUAUUAGUUGCACAGUGUCACCCCAAGGAGACUUUAUCUAUUGUGUUGGUGAAGAUUCUCAUUUAUAUUCUUUCAGUAUACAAUCUGGCAAGCUAAUUUCAUCAUUGAAGUUGUCAGAAGCAGAAAUUAUUGGAUUAAUUCAUCAUCCAUUUUCUAAUAUUUUGGCUACUUAUGCUGAUGAUGGUGUUAUCUCACUGUGGAAACCGUAA